UAGGGGGAGGAGCCAGAGACGCCGGCGGCAUACAUUUCAACCGAGAACCUCCUUCUCUUCUCUUGCAUCAAGCUUAAGAAAAAUGGACUCUUUAAAUGUGGAUCCUCAACUCAGAUUAAGAUUAAUGAAUGAGAUUUAUCAAGCUAUAAACAGCAGUUACCGCUGGCAAAUAUAAAGCACCAAAUCCAAUCAAUCUACAAAAUCCAAAAAUCAGAUUCUGUGAGAAGAAAUGAAUCCAAAUCCCCAUAAAUGUCUUAAUUGCAAGCACAAAAACCUUCUUUUUCUAUCUAAACAUGCUUAUUUCUUUCCUUGUAUGAAAACUCCUCCUCUGCCCAUUUUAUUUUUCCAUUGAAAAUCUGACCUGUUCUUUUUCUAUUUAUAAUCACCUAGUAAAUGGAGAUGAACCCACCAACGAAGGAGAAGAUGAGGGCUAGUGGGUUUUCUCUAGUGAGUGAAGAUGUUGUUGAAAAUAUACUCUCUAGGCUUCCUGCUUUGUCUUUUGCUUCGGCGGCAUGCGUUAGCAGAUGCUGGAACAAGGUGUGCGGCCGAAUUCUUUCAAAGCCCAAGCUCGCCUCUGCUCUCUCUCUCAACCCGUCCCUCCAUGAUGCUGUGAAAGAGGUUUUAGAAAAGGUUCUGUCCCAGCCCAUUUAUCCUCACUUUGCAAUUGCCUGCAUUGGCAAGCAAUUCAGCUUGGAACUGACUCAUCAACUAAUUACAGAAAAAUUGGGAUCAAAAGUGCCAGUAAUUACUAAUGCAGCCAGUGGAAUCAUUGGUUUUGAUGCUCGUAACGUACUAAAAGAGAUUAAGUGGGAAUCAAGUGAUGAUGAGGAUGAUGAUGAUGAAGAUGAUCUGACUGAUUCUCCUGAUAAAGGGAUAGUUUUGGUUGUUGGAUUUGUACCUGGACUCAAAGUUGAUGCAAUCCCACUGCUGCGAACAAAAACGGUACCUCAAAAAGCUUUGGUUGACAAAUUUUUGAUGGAUAUUAGAAGUUUCACAGCUUCUGUUUCAGAUUGCACAUCACCUGCAGGGAUCAUAUUGUUUGGAAAUCGAAACGUUGAUAUGAAGCCAGUCCUUGCAAGUAUGGAUUGUGCCAUGAAUGAGGAAACAGUCAUCGUGGGUGAUGCAAGUGGGUGCUUCUUGUAUAGAAGUGCAGAUAGUUCUCGAGAUAACCAUGCAGAUAUGAAUUUAGAUGCUGUUGCUCUUGUAUUUGCAAGGGACAAACAUAAGUCUGACGAUAUAGGAGAAAUUCAAUUUCAUGUUACAUUGUCAACGGGUGUAAUGCCAUUUGGUCCCCAUCUCCAGGCAGUUUGCGUAAUAGCAAAAGACACAGAGUGUUCAUGGCUUACUGCUAGAUUGCAGGGACAGUAUGAUAUUCUUGAUGCAGAGGGCCUCUUAGUUGAUAUCAAUGAUCAGUUUAAUGAGGAAGAGUCUCCUGAUCUGUAUAUUGGAGUCGUACAACAUAGAGAAUGCUAUAUUGGCGCAGAGAGUUCAUCAAGAGCAUCCUUAGCAUUUUAUGAAGUUAUUGGGGGAGAUAAAGAGUUCUUCAUCAUUAAGGGUGUUGGCGUCAAACCUGGUGAUUCUUUCCUAUUCUACCAUUCAGACGCUGAUACUGCAUCAUCAUCAUGUGGCAAUGCCUAUAGAAGCCUUGCAAAUUUGAAGGAAGAAUCAGAGAGCAAAAACUGCCUGCAGCAAACGAAUGUUGAGGAGAAAGAGGUGUUUGGAGGUUUAAUCUUCUCUUGCGUUCUCCGGGGCGAGUCAUUCGACCAAAAUGCAGAGAGCUUCCCAUUUCGCGAAAACUUUCCUGGGGUUCCAUUAGCAGGAGUGUAUUGUGGUGGAGAAAUUGGAAGAGGUUCUUCAAGCUCAAUAUCUCAAGAAGAUGAUGAAGCAAACUCUGCUCGUUGCUGCCUGCAUUAUCAUAGCACAGUAUACUUAGUUAUGUCCUAUGUUCCAGCAAAUGCAGAGGAUUAAGUUAGCUCAGGUUUGAUUUGAAGUGCAUCAAAUGGCAAAAUUGUUUGCCAUAGGUUUUUCUAUUACAUAUAGUUUUGCUUUGUGCAUGUAUCAAAGCUCCAAAAAUGCUGGCUAAUGUUAUUUUUUUUUUUCAUAUAUGAAAUGAAAUGGCUGACUUUGGUUUUUC